GUAGUGCCGGGCGGGGCUGGCGGAGGAGGAGGAGGAGGAGGCGCGGAAUAUGGCGGACGGCGUGGACCACAUAGAUAUCUACGCCGAUGUGGGAGAGGAAUUUAAUCAGGAAGCUGAAUAUGGUGGGCAUGAUCAAAUAGAUCUGUAUGACGACGUCAUUUCUCCAUCUGCCAAUAACGGCGAUGCUCCAGAGGAUCGUGAUUAUAUGGACUCACUUCCACCAUCUGUUGGAGAUGAUGUAGGCAAAGGAUCAGCACCAAAUGUUGUCUACACAUAUACAGGAAAGAGAAUUGCAUUAUAUAUUGGGAAUCUUACUUGGUGGACCACAGAUGAAGAUUUAACUGAAGCAGUUCAUUCACUUGGUGUAAAUGAUAUUUUGGAGAUAAAAUUUUUUGAAAAUCGUGCUAAUGGCCAGUCUAAGGGGUUUGCUCUUGUAGGUGUGGGAUCUGAAGCAUCUUCCAAAAAACUGAUGGAUCUUUUACCUAAAAGAGAAUUACAUGGUCAAAAUCCCGUUGUAACUCCAUGUAAUAAGCAGUUUCUGAGUCAAUUUGAAAUGCAGUCAAGAAAAACUACACAGUCAGGCCAGAUGUCUGGUGAAGGAAAAGCUGGUCCUCCAGGAGGAGGUUCACGGGCAACAUUUCCACCAAGUAACAGAGGGAGGGGUCGUUUUCCAGGUGCCCUUCCUGGAGGGGACAGAUUUCCUGGACCAGCUGGACCAGGAGGACCCCCACCACCUUUUCCAGCUGGACAGACUCCUCCACGUCCACCUUUAGGUCCUCCUGGCCCACCAGGCCCGCCAGGUCCUCCUCCACCUGGCCAGGUUCUACCUCCUCCAUUAACUGGUCCUCCUAAUCGUGGUGACCGCCCUCCUCCUCCAGUUUUGUUUCCAGGACAGCCCUUUGGUCAACCUCCACUGGGUCCACUUCCCCCUGGUCCACCACCUCCAGUUCCAGGCUACGGUCCUCCACCAGGACCUCCACCCCCACAGCAAGGUCCUCCUCCGCCUCCAGGCCCUUUUCCCCCUCGCCCCCCUGGUCCAUUAGGGCCACCCCUGACACUGGCUCCUCCUCCUCACUUACCUGGGCCACCACCAGGUGCUCCCCCACCAGCCCCACACGUGAAUCCAGCUUUCUUCCCCCCACCAGCCAACAGUGGUAUACCUACAUCAGACAGCCGUGGUCCGCCACCUUCAGACCCAUAUGGCCGACCUCCUCCAUAUGACAGAGGUGAUUAUGGGCCACCAGGCAGGCGUUUCACUGGAAAUAACAUGUCCAUAAGAGAACAAUUACAUAUGCCAUUGUAUUGGAGACAAACGAAAAAUAAUACUCAAAACGCAGGGAGAGAAAUAGAUGCUGCAAGGACGCCUUUAAGUGAAGCGGAGUUUGAAGAAAUCAUGAAUAGAAAUAGGGCUAUCUCUAGCAGUGCCAUUUCAAGAGCUGUAUCAGAUGCAAGUGCUGCGGAGUAUGGAAGUGCUAUAGAAACCUUGGUGACUGCAAUUUCAUUAAUUAAACAGUCCAAAGUAUCUGCUGAUGAUCGUUGCAAAGUACUUAUUAGUUCUCUGCAAGAUUGCCUCCACGGAAUUGAGUCAAAGUCUUAUGGUUCUGGGUCAAGAAGACGUGAGCGAUCAAGGGAGAGAGACCACAGCAGAUCAAGAGAGAAAAGCCGGCGUCACAAAUCUCGUAGCAGAGAUCGCCAUGACGAUUAUUACCGGGAAAGAAGCCGUGAACGCGAGAGACAUCGUGACCGUGAUAGAGAUCGUGACAGAGAACGUGAUAGAGAACGAGAGUAUCGCCAUCGUUAAGAGCUGAAGGAAGAGGAACGCCUCACCAGACAAGAAACUUAACUUCGUGGAAAGAGGCUUGUCCAGCAGUUUGCUUCUUGUGAUCGAACAGAGCCUGUAAAGAUUCAUGGAUAAAAUGAACAGGAAUAGAUCUGAAUAAGGCAAAUCUGCAUACAUGGUAACCAGUAGCUCUCUUACCUUUUUAUGUUGCUUAGCUGUUUUAUUUGAAGGAACUUGUGUGAUUUAAAACGUAUAGCUUUUUGCAACUUUAUUACUGGUUAUAUACAUUUGACAAUUAAAAUGUGCAAGCAAUUGGAAAAAGUCAAGUAAAUGCUUGUUUUUAUAGUAGUUGGUUCUUGUUUAAAUGUUACAAUGAUGAUGUCUGUAAAGAGCACCAAUUUGAUUACAAUAGAUGUAGUGUUGUAAUAAACUGUUUAAUGGGGCUGAUGUGUAAAGCUGUUCAAGUUAUUUGAUGUUUACACCUCAGGGAGCGUCUUGUGUUGAGCAAUAUUUAAUGGUGUUAAAAAUGUCUCUUAACAAACCAUUGCUUUUCUUUUUUUUUUUGCAUAUGCAUCAACUUGUUUGUAUUUGGUGAAUGAAUAGCAAUUGUGUCCAACACUUAAUGUUGAUACUAGAAUAGUGGUUACUAUAGAAAUUUGUAGCCUAUUUUUUGCAUAGAUGGCUUGUGAAUUUGCUGAUAAGGGUGGAAGACUGUAAAACAAACCAUGUAGAUUAACAUUCUGUGAUCCAAAUAGACUAAACUUCUUUUUGAGAAGAUGAAAUCUGAAAAUGAAUUCUAGUGUACUGAAGCCUAUCUAUGGCAAUAUGCAACACUAAUGGUAUACUUUAUUAAAACAUACAAUUGGAAAAAACAAUUGGCCACUUUCAAAUGCUGCUGCAGUGAUUUACAUUUUUGUAGUGCUUACGUUAUGUCCUGCCUCCAGAAUCCUAGGCAGUUUGUACAUAGAUAUGUGUCAGUUAAAAGUGACUGGAAAAAAAAUCUCCCCCGGCUUUUUAAAAAAAGGAUCAAUACAUCAAAUAGGCCUUUUAAGCAACAGAAUUGACUCAUGUGUAAUGAGAGGAAGCACAUACACACCCCUUGUGUAACUAAUGCAGUAAUUUGUCUUAACAAAUAGAUGGAGAUUUAAUGCGCUCCACAAACUAAAGAGAGUAGAUUUUACACAUAAAUUGGAUAAAUGUUGCUUGCUUCAUAGACAACUUUACAUUUUUCCAAAUUUUACUAAUGCCUGCCUAGUUUCUAUUUAUUUUAAGACUAUUGUGGUUUUAAAAGUUUGCUCAAACAAUUCCCUAGAUUUUGUAGGAAUUGACCCUUGAAUUAAUGGUAAAAUCUUAUAUACUGUAUAUAUGAAGCAUUAUGACUUGUAAUAUCACUUGGGAUAAAAAUUUAGUAUGACAUGAAAUUAAGCGAAGUUCACUUUACACAUGUUACAGUAUCGAACAUGAGCUUGCCACUGGCAGGGAAAGAUUACCAAUUCUGCUUCCUAGUCAGUGUACUUGUAUAAUAAUGUGUUUACAAAAUAUGGUUGUUGCAUCCACACUUCUUUAAGUGUACAUAUAAAACUUAAGUGUAUAACUAAAAUGCAUAAUACAUCAAGAAGUUCUUGUGCAGCAAUCUGUGCACAGUUACCUUGGAAUUAAUUUCCUUUGAACUUUAUGGGGUUACUUCAGAGUAGACAUGUGUAGGUUUGGGCUAUUAGUAUAGCCCUAUUCGGGUGUUCUAAACCUGAAUAGGGAAAACACACAAGGGGAGAGAUAAUCAGUAUUCUGGAUCAUUUGGAGAGCUUCCACAGAUAGAGGUGGCAUCAGACUGUUGCCCUCCAUGAGCACAAGGUGACAAAAAAUGACAGAGGUGGGGCUGGAGCACUUCCUUCCCCUUACAUGUUUACCCUAUUCAGGUUUAGAGAGCCUGAAAAGGGCUUUCAUGUUUUGCUAAACAUGGAAGCACUCAAGUUAUUGGCUUGGGUCCAAGCAUAGUCAAGCUUAGAGUAGGUCCAGUGAAAUCAGUGGGACAUAAUUUAAUCAUACCUAACUUAAGUCCCAUUGAUUUCAAUUGAUCUACUCUAAGCAUGGCUAAGUCUGGAGCCAACACAUUUUCUCAGAAGGCUGUAGCGAGUACGACUAAAGAUGUAUAUAGUUGAAAGAAUCAACUUGUUACUUUUGAUCAAUAUAUCUUGAAUUGUGUGUAACUGAAGUUGUAUGGGUGUUUUAACAAACUAUUUGUGGUGAAUGUUAACGACUAAUAUAAAAGGUGCCUCUUUAAUUUUUGUACACUGAAAGUUCUCUCAUGACAUUCCUGCUUUGUUAAUAGGUUUUGCUGAUCUACCAUAUUACUUAUAUGAACUUUUUGACUUCCUUUGAGAAUAUUAUUUUGGGUUGUUUUAUACAAUUGGUUAUACAAGAAUGACAAUUUCAAAAUUCACUUUAGCCUCUGACUUUAUAUAAUGAAUGUGAGGUUCAGAUGUCAAAGUGAACUGAAACAAAAUAUCAGGAAUUUCUGGUUCAUAUGAAUUUUUCACCCUGGAAUAAGUCAUAAUACGAGCAUUGUUAGAGGAGUGCAGUGUUUCCAACGGGAAAACAAUUUGUUAAUGUCUCAAAAUAAUCAGGAAAUGAGAGAAAAGUAAUACUACUUUUAAUUAGCUGGGAUAUGGAUUAAAUUGUUUGGAAAUAACAAAAGUUGAAGGAACAAAGGUAAGUUAGAUGUACAUAUGGAUAAAAGUUUUUAUUUCAAUAAUUCAAAUAUUCAGUAACCAAAACAAAAAUAAUUUUAAACCAUAAUUUAGCUUUCUGUAACUUAACAUUUUAUCACUGAACAAUGGAUAUAUUAUUGUGUAUAAAUUGUCUUACAUUACUCCUCAAGAUUUCCAUUGCUGGCAAUGGUUCUGUCAAAAAUCAAAAUGCAAAUGAUUUUUGAUAACUUUUUGAUAUGUGCAGACUGACAAUUUUUAACUUGUGGGGUACUAACUAGUCUGAAUAAUUGUCUUAAAACAUUUAUUUUCUCAAAUGAGAACGUUUUCCAUUUUUUCAAUAUGAUUUUUUUAAAAGUCCAAAGAUAUUUAGACAAAGAAAUUCCACAUGUGUUAAGCUCUAGAAAGAAAUCUGUAUAUUAUCUCCAGAUGAGUAAAUAUAGCAAGCUUGCUCGGGAGAUAUUGUGUACACCCACCAGAUAGUAAAUUAAAAUCUGGAUAGUGUCUUGUCUGCUACUGAAGUGGGCUUAGGUGAGUGUAUGUAAUCUGCUUCUGUUAGUGAAAUGUAAAUAACCUGCAAGAAGUUACUUUAUAUUCUGUAUAUACACUUUCAUAGAUAAAAUUGAAAUCAUUUUAUGGCUCCCCCCCCAAAAAAAAUUAAUAGUUACUUGAUUAGUGCUCUGAUCCUGGAUAUUUGUGCUGACUGCAGUGCCACUAUACCAUAAGUUUGUAUUGUUGUGUGCAGUUGUAAACGUUGUUACUUCUGAUAUACUAACCAGAGAUUAAGCUGGUGCAGCAAAUCUGAACACCUUUUAUUAGGUAGGUUUUCUUCCAUUGUACUGAGCUGUUAAUAAUAGCUGGAGAGCUUCUGGAAAAAAUAUUUUUAGACAAAGCAGUUUUAAAUCAAGUACUGAAAAAAAAUAUGUACUGCCUUUUGUUCUCAUUUUCAUUUUCUAAAUGUUGCACUAAUUCAUAUCAGAUGUAAGACCAGAUAGCCAGCCUUCUAGCAAAUGUUGCAGUGGGCAUAUGAUGCAUGCUAUUUAUGUUUAGUCUUCUGAGCAAUGUUGAGAGUGAACAUCCUGGUUAGUUUGAGUGUAUUUGUUAAGAAUACUUUUGAUCAUUGUCGGUUUGUGUUUAGUUGCAUACUUGAGUCUUGUUUUCCCCAUCAAUAUGAACUACAGAUUUUUAAUGUGUGUAUUGCCGCUAGUUUUAAAACUCCCUUGUAACUAUUGGGCAAUGUUUCAUUUCUCACUCAUGUACAGUUUGAGCAUACUUCCCAAGUUUUAUAUUUAGGAUUUUGCUAUAACAUUGUUUACUUGUUUGGUGUAGAAUGAUGUGAAGAACAUACAGCCUUAAAAUGCAGCUUUUAAUGUUAUGGCAUUAAAUAUCCUUUGUAAAAUGUACACCACUAAUAUUUCAACUGUUUUUCAAAUCAUUUUUUUAAAAAUUGAGAAAGAAUUUAGAAGAAAAAAAUGUUGUUCUUUGAAAAUAAGAACCAUCAUGUGAUUUUGAAGCAGCAGCAGCAAGGAUUGAUUUAACAUUUAUAUAGCUAAUUUAGGAGCAAGAUAUUUUAAAAAGCAUGUUAGGAGUACUUUAUAUAUUGAACUUUGAUGCUCCCUACAGUGUGUGUGUGUGUAGAUGUGAGAAUUCAUGUACAUGUGUUCAUUUCCCAUCUCAUCUAAGUUUCCCAUCUGCUUUCUCUUUACAGUUGUAAAUUCUUAGUUUAAAUUUUUAAAAUGCCAUUGUGUUCAUAUUAACAAAUCCCAUUUGUAUUUUUUAAAUGGCUGAGUAGUAGUUUCAUGAACCAAAAUAGCUUAAUCCAGUUGAAAGCCUGAACAGUAGAACCAUCAUCACACAUUUUCAAUGGGUUUGAUCCUGAGAAGAUGAAGCAGAAUUCCCCUCAAGUAACAAACCUUCCCUGGCAUUUUCCUCCCACUGUAGUAUCCUGUGCCCUCCCCAGAAGCCUCUUCUGAAGGUUGAUGGACCUUCAAACUGUAUGGGAGAGGGCACAGGGGGGCUGCAGCAGGAUGAGGAAACCGGGCUGCCUUAUGUGCACUGAAGUGUUUUUCUGCUUGUGUAAGACCUGUUUCCAAACCCUUGUCUUUAAGGUCUAGAUCAGGGGCUGGUGAUUUGUAGUUCUCAGACAUUUUGGCCUACAACUCCCAUCAGCCCUAGUCAACAUAGCCAAUGGUCAGGGAAGAUUGGAGUUGUAGUCCAAAAUGUCUGGAAGCCACAAGUUUCCCACCCCAUGUCUAGAUAUAUUCUGUUGAUCCAGGUUCUCUUAGCUAGAAAUGUGGGUCCAAAGGUGCAUUCUGCAUCCAGUUUCCCCCCCUACUUAAAUAGAUGAUGACCCAGCAGUGCUAGCGUUUUGUUCAGUUCUGGACCUAUGUUAUGUCUUAGAAUCAAAUAAUCUUAUAUCAAACAUUGACAGGUGGAAGAUUUCUCAGUUUUCUCACAUCAAAUUUGAGUCUUUUUUCCCCAUUCUAGUAAUUGAAGAUCAUGUUAAUCAUAAUUAUCCAGACCUUUAGCUGAAAUAGCGACCUAAGACCACAGAGAGUAGCAAGCUGUACACAAGGGGUUAGGGACCCUUUUCCUAUGAAGGAUUGUUGACUCUCAGGGAAAUUUGGUUGUGCACGUGCGUGGGGUGGGGCCGGGUGCAUCCACUGUUGGGCAGAGCCACAGCCAAAAGAGUUCGUAACAUUGGUGCCAUCCCUUCUCUGUUAUUCCCCGCUCC